CGAGGGAACCUGAACGCAGCAUUGUUCCACCCGUGCUGGGCUGGCAGAAAGCUAAAAUUCACAGCAGCAUACCGACACACGGAGACUUACCUUACAACCUGCCCGGGCCGAGUCCACCUGUCAGAAGCGGAGCAGCAAAACAUAUUGGAGUUGUUCUUCAAGCGUAACGUUAUUUUUUGACAACUCACAUCAGCACCGUUAGCAGGUUAAGCUAGCAGGAAGCGCUAACGGCAGUUGGCUAAAAACUCCUGCUCCGCUGAAGACGACCCACUGCAGGCUGCUGGACUUGACAGAUCCAGCUAUGUGAGCUGCUCUGAUGUGUGGACUUGAACAUCCAUUCAGCUCCUGGUUGAGACAGCUUUCAAGGUGGUCUGGAGGACCACACCGUGACAUACACAUCCAACAGAACUGCAGCUGACUUGGCUGUUUGUAGCCUAACUCCCCAGAGCAGCCUCCUCCCUCUGCUCUCCCUGUAGCACUACUAUGCCUCUGGGUUUGGGAAGAAGGAAGAAGGCGUCCCCGUUAGUCGAGAACGAGGAAGCGGAGCCUAUCCGCGCAGGUCUCAAUGUACAAGGUAUGGAUGGCCUAGAUGGAGGUGUUGUCGGGAUGGGAGAAGGUGCCGCCUCUGAAGGUCUGCCUCCUCCACACAGCAGCAUGCGACCUCGCCUCAUCUUCCACACUCAGCUCGCUCACGGCAGCCCCACAGGCCGUAUAGAGGGCUUCAGUAAUGUGCGAGAGCUCUAUGCCAAGAUUGGUGAGGCCUUUGGGAUACCGCCCGCUGAGGUUAUGUUUUGCACACUGAACACUCACAAGGUGGACAUGGAUAAACUGUUGGGAGGUCAGAUUGGGCUAGAGGACUUUAUUUUUGCCCACAUUAAAGGACAGCGAAAAGAAAUAGAGGUGUACAAAGGAGAGGAUGCACUCGGGUUGACGAUCACAGAUAAUGGAGCUGGCUACGCUUUCAUCAAGAGAAUCCGCGAGGGGAGCGUCAUCCACCAGAUCCAGGUCAUCAACGUGGGUGAUAUGAUCGAGUCGAUCAACGGCCAUCGCCUGAUUGGGUGUCGACACUAUGAGGUGGCCAAGAUGCUGAAGGAGCUGCCCAAAGGGAAGGAGUUCACCAUUAAGCUGGUGGAGCCUCUCAAGGCCUUUGAUAUGAUCAGCCAGCGGUCUGGAGGGUCCAGGUCAGCAUCAGGGGUUCAGCUGGGGACCGGCAGAGGAACUCUGCGGCUGCGAUCUAAAGGUCCUGCGACUGUGGAGGAGCUGCCCACUGCGUUUGAGGAAAAGGCCAUUGAGAAGGUGGAUGACCUGCUCGAGAGCUACAUGGGCAUCAGAGACAGCGAGCUGGCGGCCACCAUGGUGGAGCUGGGAAAGGACAAAAAGAACCCUGAUGAGUUUGCCGAGGCUUUAGAUGAAACCCUCGGGGACUUUGCAUUCCCAGACGAAUUUGUUUUCGACGUCUGGGGUGCCAUCGGCGACGCAAAGGUUGGGCGAGUGUAACCUCAGAAGCUAACGGAGCAGAACUGUGUGUGUGUGUGGGUGUGUGUGUGUGUGACACCCACAACAUGCAGCACUACUAGGAAACGCAACACUACCGUCAUGAGUUUGUUUUUAUUCCAGUGUAUACUCCUACUAUUUUUAAUUUAGAGUGCACCCGUAUGGGAGAGACUGCCUAGACAAAGAGGAUAAAGGGCAGUUAAUGGGAGAAGAAGGUGACUGCAAUGACUUCCCAAGUGCUUUUGUUUGUCUUCCGGCUUUUUUCCAGAAACUACAAGCACGCUGAUGAGCAUUCCCUUUGACCGCAUCACAUGACCCUGCAUGUCAUUGUUGUAGUUGCUGGCAGUGGAACAAGUACAGCACAAGUCUCUAAUACGGGAGAAAUGAAAGACUACCGCUAACACAAAGUAGAUCUUUGAUAGCAAAAGAAAUGUGAUUUUUCCACAUUGCACUGUGUUGCACUGCGCUGAACACCAACAACAGACGUGAAUAGAGAUUGCACUGUACCUCACCUGGUGAGCGGCGCAGUUAUUGCACAGUACAAGGCAUCGGCCUCCCUGUUACAGAACCACUCGCUGUCACUGUUAUGGAUCAGUUUUACAAGCAUGUGCUGUUAUAUUUUUUAUCUUCAUAAUGAAUUCUGCUGGUUUUAUUAUUAUUUUUUUGCAGUCGCAAAAGGUUCAUAGUAACGUGUGUAGCUCGCUGACUAAAAGACCAGUGGUGUUCACCUUUAACACGCUCUCUGCUGUAAUGAAGUGCAGCGGAUUCCAGUCUUACUUUAUUGUAUUAGACAGUGUUCAGAAAAUCAGUGUUAUGGCCUUUUUAUUGAAGGUGAGAAGGUUUGUGGGUUGUGGCGACUUGUUUUUUUUUUUUUUUUUUAUAGCUAGUGUUUUUAUAUAAAGUGAUGUGAUGUCUAUUUUAAAACAGGGUUUGUGUAAUAGAUGAAGAAUUUGAUCUUGUGGUGCAAUUACUUUAUUUUGAAGCAUUACAGAAGGCAGUAUUAAAGAGGAGAAAGUCAUGAGAUGGGGCAGUUGUGUAAAAGUAAAGAGGAAUCUGUUAAAGGGACAGUUCAUCCCAAAAUCAGAAACUAAUAUUUGUUCCUUUUUACCUGUAGUUCCAUUUAUCCAUCUGGAUUUGUGUUGGUGUGAUUGUCCAGUGUUGGAAUUUGAGAGAAGGCUGACAUCGCUACAGCCGAUAACUCAAACACUGGGCAACUCGCACCAACACACUCUAGAUUGUUGAAUAGCACUAAAGGUAAGAGGAAAAAUAUGUAUUUUUGAUUUAGGUGUGAAGCGUCCAUCUUUGAACAACUAAAUGCCUUCAUUUCUUCUGAUUUCAUGCAAGUUUGUUUUUUUAGCAGUAAGCAUCUGGUGCUGGAAAAAUCCAGCAUCCUGUUAUUGGAGCAGAGCGAUACCAAACUACUUCACCAUGUGUCGCAGUGACUAGUGUUGUUCAUAGAGAUGUAAAACAGGAAUGCUGCAACAACUACUCAGUUUAACACGUCUUAAAAAAACAUUUUGGUGUUAACCUUUUCAGUAUCAAAACGUAUGAAGGUUGUUUUUUUUGUAGAUUUGUUUCCUUCUUCAGAGUUAAUGAAUAUCUAAAUGUUAUGAAACUGAUGCUAGAACACUGUAACACUGAGAAGAACACAUUAUGUUGAUGGCUUUGUAUUACACUGUUGUCAAUGUUCAAUUAUAAUGCAAUAAUAACAUCGACAUGGCA